AUGGAAGAGGUUCGAAACCGAAGGGGAAGACGAAUCGACGGAGACGGAGGCAAGAAGGGGGGCAGGGGAAGCGUGCGAGGAGGGUGCGGACAAGGGACAAAGAAGGCCGGGUGGUCAGAAGGAGGGCAGGACACCAACAACGGUCACAAAUGGCAAACGCUAAGAUCAAGACGCAAACGCAAAAGGCAAAAGGCCAAGGCGUGGAGCGCAGGUCCCGACCAACAAGUCGAGAAACAAAUGCGGGCGCCGGGAGGGAUGAUGAAGGUGACCCGGGGGGCGCAGGGCAAGAAGAGUGAAUCAAGUCCGCUGCCUGUAGGAGCCAACAGCAACCAGCAAGGCCGCGACGAUUGGUAG